CAUGGCACUUUGCAUGGACUUGCUAUUAGUACUCAUCAAUUGGAGGCAUCAAGCAUCGAGCAUGAGGAAUAUCAGCACCCGUACCAGUCACACCAGCAAUUGAUUUAUCCUUCCCAGGAUAGUCAGCAAACUAUUAUAAAUAGUACUGGAGCUCAGCGGGAGCCUCAACAUGAGCACCGAGCUAGCAGUCAACAACAAUUUAAUGAGCUUUACAUGAACUCAGCAUCGCAUUUGCCGCCAUUUUCGACACCAGCGCUCCCAAACUCAGCUGCUAUUCAUGAAUAUGCUCAUUCCCACCAACAACGACAUCAUCUCGAUCAUCAAUACAAUCAUCGUCGUCUUCGUCAACAGCACAGCCAAAACCAAAAUUCGUCAAAUAAACUAGAUCCACGACAUUGUCCGACUCAACCUCCGCAACAGCUCACUCACACUGGUGAGCAUCUCCUCCAUGAUCAGACCUAUUUGAGGAACAGUCCCAACCACGAGGAGUACUCACGACAUUCACAUGGAAAUGUGCUUCAUCAACAAUACCAUCGGUACGAGGCAUCUUCAUCCUCCGAUAGUCAUUCACACGUGGAGAAUAGCCAUCGCCGCUCGGUAUCUCUCACAAGCACGGAUGUCCCACGCUAUCUUUAUCUCGACCCUCAAUCGAGACACGAGGACCUGACAGAGCAAGCAAGACAAGAGCGCCUGUUGCGCCGUCAAUGGCAUCAGAUGCACUAUCAACAUACCCAGCAAUAUCGUCAGCAACAACCGCUGUACCGUCACUACGGUAAUCACAAUCUUCACCGUCCUCAUCAACGUCAUCAUGUGCACCAUUCUCAUCACAGCUUGCUGCCGCCGCUGCCUCCUCUGCCCUCAAAUGCGUAUCAUCAUUCAUCAGCACAUAGUGCCCAGCACAAGUCUUAUUUGAACAUAACUGCAGCGGCCUCAGCCUAUGAGCUUGGAGCAUGUCCCCCUCAUCAUCACCCUGGAAUGAAAGAUCGCACCGCAAAUGAGCUUGCAUGGGAGAGACAUUGCUACUACCAACAGCAGCAACACCAGGAGGAUGUUUUAGCGGAAGUGAAGUGGAAGGAAGCUCGGAGGCAGGAACUACAACAACAAAUGCACCAACAGCGGCAGGAACAGCAGCAGCAGGAAAGAAGAGGUCGUGAAAGGGUCGGAAGGGCAGAGGGGCUUCUUUGCCCCCCAGAGCAGGGAUCCGUCUCAAGGGCAAGCUCUCUGAGUCGUAUCUCGUCCUCGUUCAAAUCCAGAGCGGCUCAUGCAUCAGGAUUAUCGAGAUCCAAGAGUGCUGCUGUCUAUAGCAGCAAUAACAGACGACGAAAUGAUAGUACGCCGUCCAGAGAGCCUGGAAGCACAAAGUGUCACACCCUCGACUGCUCCCUUUUGUCCGCCGGUCGUCGACUACUGAGCAUCCGGAGAAGUAAUAAACAAGCAACAUCAACACCGUCAAUUGCUUUGGAGGAACAACAGCAGCAGCAGCCACAACGACAACAGCACGUGCAGGAAGAGAGCAACGCAACUGUCGGCAGCAAAGAAGAUGGAGCAAACGAUACAAAUGAAUUGCAACCAGCCAUGACUGCGCCGAUAGUACCGUCAUCACAGGAGACCACAGCCCCUGGAUUGACCCGCAAGCGGACCCUGAAGAAGCUUGUCACUGGCUCAUCAAUCCGCUCGUUGGCUCGCCGCUGCUCCAGUCGCCUCAGCGGAAGUACUCGGACUGGUUCCGCUGUAGGAUCCAAUAAUGAAUCUGUCACUGACUUUACAAAAGAAAAUAAGGGCACGAUAUCUAGUCCAAACAUGCGAACGGGCUAUGACAUGACGGUAACCGCAAUAGCUACAACCACGACCACGACCACGACCAUGCGAUCGCUUGAACCAGGGCCCGAUGGGGUUGUCGAUUUACAACAAGCAGUUUGCUCGGAAGGAGACAUUGUUCGUAUGAGGAGUGAUAGCGUGAAGUACUUCCCCCCUACAACCUCCGCUAGCGAGCCUUCUUUGGCCCUUGGGACGUCUACUCUUAGAACUGAUAAAACCUUGACAACUGCUGCAGUGGCUGCUACGGCAACAGCUACUAAUGCUACCACUACCGCUGCUGCCGCUGCAACGGAACGAGUUUCGGUUCACAGAAAAGUGAAAUUGUUCCGCUCCAAGACUACAAGCCGUGCUUCUGAUCCACGUAAUAUGGAUACACAAUAUGAGCUAGCGACUCCUUCAACUGGUACAUUAGCUGAGGCCGCUUUAACCACAUCGGCAGUAAAAGGGAGGGCCACCGCACAGAGAACACGAUCCUUAUCUUCUCAUCCUCGUCGCAAUGAUCCACUCCGCCUCGCUAAUGGUCGAGGACACGACCUGAUGGCGUUCCAUCGGAGGUCGCAAUCAGAAGUCCUCGAGAUGGCUAUCAUUACAUCCACGACACCAGGAGAAACAGCAAUGGGCGCCACUUUUAUUCAGCCCUCUGCUGUUGCUUCAUCAACUGUGGCUCCCACAACUAUUACUACUACUACUACUACUACUACUACUACUACUACUACUACUACUGGUGAACAAAAGAGCAUCGAGCGAUCUUUUAAGAGUCUAGAGGCUGCACUUUCAUCAUCGCUAUCGGUAGUACUCCAUCCGUCACCUGCUCCUCUUCACCCAGUUACUGAAUUGGAGCGAGAGAAACGAGCAUCGACCAAAAGGCAGAUCAUGGCGAUGCUGACGAUGAGACACAAGGAGCGGACCUCUGCUAAAACAGGACGCCCUAUGGGCUCAUCCUCACCAGUAUCAUCCCUUCGGCCAGUGACGCCUGUAACUGCAACGACAAACACAACAUCAGGUGCUCCAUUCCUCUCACCACUAGCGCUUGAAGCACUUGAGGAUCUACCACUGCCAAAUGCAUUCAAUGAUAACGACCGUACCAGCACUAGCAGCAGCAACAGCAACAACGAUAAUAAUGAGAUGGAUGAGGAGGAUAUUGAGGAGGCAUAUGCACACAUCGCGUUUAUGUUAGUACCAAAAUCUCGAUAUGAAUUUCAGCCUCUUGUGGUGAUUUGAAGUCCUUUUUACGAUACUUUUUUAUGUUGCUACAUUUUCUCUUUUUCCAACAUUACAUUGUAUAUAGUUUAAUCAACCAUAAUGGCACGUAGUUUUUUUUGCUUUUCUUUUCUUUUCUUUU